CCGGCCCGGCCCCGCCCGCCGCCUCCUUCCGGAACCCGCGAGCCCAACUUCGCGCCAAGUUCGGCUCGGCAUCUGCGGGAGCCAUGCCGAUGAUGACCAGGAACGUCCUUCUGGACCUGGAGGAGGAGGACGAAGACGACGGCGAAAUCGGUGAUGCGUCUGCCUCCAGGCGGCCCUUUCUGGCCCCUCACAGCCUCCUCCCAUCCAGUCUGGUGUUGGAGACCUUUGAGCAGAGUGUCAGCUCUAGCUUCGGAUCCCCAGACAGCCUGCAGGAUCUCCGGUCCCCGGCCUUUGAGGAAUUCAAUGGAAAACCCGACUCCCUGUUUUUCAACGAUGGCCAGAGAAGGAUCGACUUUGUUCUCGUGUAUGAAGAUGAAACCAAAAAAGAGCCCAAUAAGAAGGGCACAAAUGAGAAACAAAGGAAAAAAAGGCUAAAGUAUGAGUCGAACCUCAUCUGCUGCGGCCUGGAGCUGGAAGCGACACGAUCGGUCCUGGACGACAAGCUGGUGUUUGUGAAGGUGCACGCGCCGUGGGACGUGCUGUGCACCUACGCAGAGAUCAUGCACAUCAAGCUGCCACUGAAGCCCAACGACCUGAAGUCCCGGUCCUCGGCCUUCGGCACUCUCGGCUGGUUCACCAAAGCCCUGCAGGUGGAUGAGAGCAUUAUCAGGCCCGAGCAGGAGUUCUUCACGGCCCCGUUUGAGAAGAGCCGGAUGAAUGACUUUUACAUCGUGGACAAGGAUGCCUUCUUCAACCCGGCCACCAGGAGUCGCAUCGUGUACUUCAUCCUCUCGCGCGUCGAGUAUCAAUCGGUAAACGUGAAAAAGUUUGGGAUUAACAGACUUGUGAGCUCGGGCAUCUACAAGGCGGCCUUCCCCCUCCAUGAUUGCAGGUUCCGCUACCGCUCAGAGGACCCCAGCUGCCCCAACGAGCGGUAUCUGCUGUACCGGGAAUGGGCUCAUCCCCGAAGCAUUUACAAGAAGCAGCCACUGGACCUCAUCAGGAAGUACUACGGAGAGAAGAUCGGGAUCUACUUUGCCUGGCUGGGCUACUAUACUCAGAUGCUGCUGCUGGCCGCCGUGGUGGGCGUGGCCUGCUUCCUGUACGGCUACCUGAACCAGGAGAACUGCACGUGGAGCAAAGAAGUGUGUAACCCCGACAUCGGAGGCCAGAUCAUCAUGUGUCCACAGUGUGACAGACUCUGUCCCUUCUGGAAGCUCAACAUCACCUGUGAGUCCUCCAAGAAACUCUGUAUCUUUGACAGUUUCGGGACCCUGAUCUUCGCAGUGUUCAUGGGAGUGUGGGUCACCCUGUUCCUGGAGUUCUGGAAGCGGCGCCAGGCAGAACUGGAGUACGAGUGGGACACGGUGGAGCUGCAGCAGGAGGAGCAGCCGCGGCCCGAGUAUGAAGCACAGUGCACCCACGUGGUGAUUAACGAGAUCACGCAGGAGGAAGAGCGCAUCCCGUUCACCGCCUGGGGGAAGUGCAUCCGCAUCACGCUCUGCGCCAGCGCCGUCUUUUUCUGGAUCCUGCUGAUCAUCGCCUCGGUGAUCGGGAUCAUCGUGUACAGGCUGUCGGUGUUCAUCGUCUUCUCUGCCCAGCUGCCCAAGACCCUCAAUGGAACAGAGGCCAUCCAGAAGUACCUGACCCCACAGACGGCCACGUCUAUCACCGCCUCCAUCAUCAGCUUCAUCAUCAUUAUGAUCCUGAAUACCAUCUAUGAGAAGGUGGCCAUCAUGAUCACCAACUUCGAGCUGCCCAGGACACAGACCGACUAUGAGAACAGCCUCACCAUGAAGAUGUUCCUGUUCCAGUUCGUGAAUUACUACUCCUCUUGCUUCUACAUCGCCUUCUUCAAGGGCAAAUUUGUGGGCUAUCCCGGGGACCCUGUCUACUGGCUGGGAAAGUACAGGAACGAGGAGUGUGACCCUGGCGGCUGCCUCCUGGAACUCACCACUCAGUUGACGAUCAUCAUGGGCGGGAAGGCCAUCUGGAAUAACAUCCAAGAAGUGCUACUCCCGUGGAUCAUGAACCUGAUCGGCCGGUAUCACUCGGUCUCGGGAUCGGACGACCUGACCCCGCGCUGGGAGCAGGACUACCACCUGCAGGCCAUGAGCACGCUGGGGCUCUUCUAUGAGUACCUUGAAAUGAUUAUUCAGUUUGGCUUCGUCACCUUAUUUGUGGCCUCUUUCCCACUGGCCCCCCUGCUGGCCCUGGUGAACAACAUCCUGGAGAUCAGAGUGGACGCGUGGAAGCUGACCACCCAGUACAGGCGCUUGGUGCCAGAGAAAACCCGGGACAUUGGCGCGUGGCAGCCCAUCAUGCAAGGAAUAGCCAUUCUGGCCGUGGUGACCAACGCCAUGAUCAUUGCUUUCACGUCAGACAUGAUUCCCCGCCUGGUGUAUUACUGGUCCUUCUCCGUCCCGCCGUACGGGAACCACACUGACUACACCAUGGAGGGUUACAUCAACAACACCCUCUCCUACUUCAACAUCGCCGACUUCAGAAACAGAAGCAAGGGAAACCCGUACACGGGGCUCGGGAACUACACCACGUGCAGGUAUCGUGACUUCCGGUACCCACCCGGGCAUCCCCAGGAGUACAAACACAACAUCUACUACUGGCAUGUGAUCGCAGCCAAGCUGGCCUUCGUCAUCGUCAUGGAGCACAUCAUCUACUCGGUCAAGUUCUUCAUUUCCUACGCAAUCCCAGACGUGUCCAAGACCACCAAGAGCAAGAUCAAGAGGGAGAAGUACCUGACCCAGAAGCUGCUGCACGAGAGCCACCUGCAGGACAUGACCAGGUCCAUGGGGGCCAUCGCAGAGAAGGUGGUGGAAGCCGUGGACCCCAGCCGACACCCCAAGGUGGAGUGA